AUGGGGAAUCGGGUGCCACGUGAGGACUACGAAUGGGUUUAUACUGACCAACCACACGCUGACAGGAGGAAAGAGAUCCUUGCCAAAUAUCCACAAAUCAAGGCUUUGAUGGGUCCUGACCUCAGGCUUAAAUGGAUUGUGUGUGUGAUGGUGGCUAUACAAUUUUUAGCUUUUUAUUUCAUCAAAGAUAUGGACUGGAAAUGGGUUUUGUUUUGGACUUAUGCCUUCGGAAGCUGUAUCAACCAUUCAAUGACUCUUGCUAUCCACGAGAUCUCCCACAAUACCGCUUUCGGAAACAACAAAGCCAUGUGGAACCGAUACUUUGCCAUGUUUGCCAACCUCCCAAUCGGCUUGCCCUAUUCUGCCUCAUUCAAGCGCUAUCACUUGGACCAUCACCGGUACCUUGGAGGAGAUGGUGUCGAUGUAGACAUCCCAACUGAUUUUGAAGGCUGGUUCUUUUGUACACGUUUCCGCAAAUUCAUCUGGAUUAUUCUCCAACCUCUUUUUUAUGCCAUUCGACCCCUUUGUAUCAACCCUAAACCCAUUACACAGUUGGAAUUAACCAACGUUUUUGUUCAACUCACCUUUGACAUUCUGCUCUUCGGGCUAUGGGGUGUCAAGCCUGUAGUGUACAUGCUAGCAGGCUCUAUGCUGGGUAUGGGUCUGCACCCCAUAUCUGGACACUUUAUAGCUGAACACUACAUGUUCCUGAAGGGUCAUGAGACCUACUCCUACUACGGCUCCCUCAACCUGCUCACCUUCAAUGUAGGGUACCACAAUGAACAUCAUGACUUCCCCAGCAUCCCCGGAUGUAGACUACCAAUGGUGAAGAAAAUAGCUGCAGAGUAUUAUGAUGACCUUCCUCAGUACACAUCGUGGGUAAAGGUCCUGUAUGAUUUCAUCAUGGAUGACACAUUGAGCCCAUACUCAAGAGUCAAGAGGAAGCUGAAAGGGGAUGUGAAACUGGAGUAA